UCCGUACUGACGUGACGACGCGGUAUCAGGGAUUUCAUUCAGGUUGGUGUUUUGGCCAGUCGGCUGUUGUAGCUGAUGUCGAUAGUACACCGCGAGCGCGCUCUUCGUACUUUAAACGUCGUCGUAAUGUAGCAAGGAUCUUCAAGUACGUGGUGGGUUAUCAAAUGUGCGUGCGGUGAUAAUUUUUUCGAUAAUAAGUCAAUUCAUUUUGAGCUUCGGUGCGUCUAAUGGAUAUUGUUCGAAUUUUGGAUAUUCUAUCAUAAGAGGACGGAAUGUGCCCGGGCUGCGGGCGGGUAAUUACCAUUGUGCAAGUACUAUGGAGUUUGAUCUAUGUAACUUGUGGUGCCGUUCAACUGGUGGCAGGCAUCUUUUUCAUCAUUUCCAUUCCUGAAUUUUACCUUCACAGUAACAUAUGGACUGGAGCUUGGAAUGUGAUAAUUGGAAUCGCUUCAGGGAUGACAGCAUGUUUCGGUCAAUUAUCGGCGCGUCGUCAGGAAUUCCUGCUCUACAUGGCAGUUUCAAUUUUAGCCGUAAACGCGGUGAAUGUCGUCCUAAUCGAAUGGUGUUUGUAUUGGACGGAUUUAUUGUCAAAAUUAAUUGCGAAUCGACCUUAUCAAACGCUUAUUUAUUGCGCUUGUUUUGCGACGCGGAUAGCAGGCGCUAUGGUAAUCAUAGUUUCGUUCAUCGACAGUCAGCUCGCAUUUUGCACAAUGGAAACUGCCAAGAAACAAACUGCGAGCAAAUUACGACGUUCACACGAGCAGGUUACGGAUAUUGAAUACAUAAUUCCCAGGCAAAAGUCGUCCAAACCUUAUAGCGCAUACAACGCGUACGCUCAAAGUUGGGUUUUUGACGCCGAUACCGGGAGUUGUUCGAAUCACAGUGCCAAUUCGCCCUACAUCAAACUGUCGCAAAAUGGUACACCAAAAAAUCCAUCUUUGCAACACAACGUAGAAACCACCCCUAAACCCACAAAAGUGACCCAUGUAAUCGGAAAUCCCGUUGUGCAAAUAGAAGAAGCCUCAGACGAUAGUACAAGUAAUAGUGAUAGAAAAUUAAAUUAUAUGAAGAGUUUUUCUCCGUGCGCCUCCCCCGUUGUGCUUUCGGCGUGCUCCUCGCAGCUUAGCUUAAAUACGAAUAGCGUUAGCAAUCCACCGAUCUACGAGUGCUUGGAGAAGCUAACGGAGGCGUCAGUGUACCGUUCCAGGCUAAACUCGGCGUUGAGCAACAAGGAGGAGGAGAAUCAAUAUCAAUUCCCGCAGCAGGUGAUGUUGCGGCGAGUCGAGGCAAUCACUCCCCAAGGCGAAAAGGUUCAAUACGCCUCGCUUAUGAAAGAGCUGCAAAGCGCCAUAGGUAACAAAAAGGAAUCGGAAACCGUGUCACCUCAGAGCAGCACGAAAACCAAUUCAAAAAGCAGCAGUAGGCAAGAUUCCUCGCGCACAGACGGUAAGAAUAGUGACGCGGAAUUUUCCAAAGAACUGGAAGCAGCUCUGCAACUAAUACAAGACUUAGAAAGCCCGAAUACCAUAGAGACGCCGUCGGAGACGAAAUCGUCGCUCGACGGCAAAGAACCGCGCCCCCUCGCGGUUUGGCGAAACAGCGACGCGAGCGACAGCGAAAAAACACUGAGUGCCGUUGGUUCGCUAGCCGAAUUGACGUCCCCAAUUUCCGAGUGCCAUCCGGAACUAUGUACUUUCAAGCCGUCACCGCACGGUAAGAGUGCUCGUGUUGUAGUUCAUUGUGAUUCCCAAAGCACAUCCGGAUAUAGCUCGCCAACUCACAAAAGUAGUUCACACACCCCGAAUUGGUCAACUUCAUCCUCAAUUAACGGCAGCCAUAAUGACGUAGGGAAAACACUCUCAUACUCCAUCCAUAACACGAAAUCCACUGCCGUUAUCUCACUUUACAAUUCGGAUAGUUUACAAUCGGGCGUUAAAUCCGUAACUCUAGUCAAUAUUUCCGGCAAUAACGAACCGACUCAUUCCACUUUCAUGCAUUCCCCUAAUCUUUAUGUCAAAGAUUUACACACCAAUACCAAUUAUACAGACGUCGAGUCUGUUAGUAAAUCGGUCGACGAUAUCAAUGACGAGGACCAUAAACUGGUUCGGAGAUCUUCUUCCGGAGCGGCGAACGUUUGGAACGUCAUGUCCAUACUUCGAAAAAAGAAGCAAGGUCUGCCGAAGCUAUGUCCCGAAUUGGAGGGCGCUAUCGUUAAAUCUGAAAGCUUAGCGUAUUUGUCCGAGCUUGAGCUGCUUGCUCGGCACCAGCGCAACAAAGACAUACAAAGGCAAAUCGAGCAGAAGGUUCUGCAACAGUUAGGAUCCCCAAGGACUGAGUCAAAUUGCUGAAGCACUACCUGAGCGGCCACACCUACUACUACGUCCAAUUAUCUUAUCCGCAAUGAGUUAAUUAUUUAUUAACAUAUAUUUUUCUGUAAUAUUUCGGUAUGUAAAUAUUGUUAUAGUUUAAUAUAGUUUAUAAUACAAUUCUAUUGUAAAGAAUAAAUUGAUUUAUAUUUACAAUA